AUGGACAAUGAUGAAGAUCAAGUCGGAGGUGUCUUGACUGCUGCCAAGACUUUUAACAACACCACAGCAAGAUACAUUCGCCGAGAGCUUUGUCUUGUUCGUGCAACUGCUGCUAAAUACAAAUGCGCCACCCAAACACACGGAUGUGCUGAAAUACGCAUUGGAUGGGACGGCGAAAUACCACGCUGGCGCAGAGGCUCUGAACUCAGCUACGUCGUCUGUAUAGAAAGUUUCCCGGCCCCUCUUUCGUCCAUGGUGGAAGAUUCCAUGAAAGCAGCAAUUGGCAUGUGGAAUGAUAUUGGUGUGAGCUUUAAGCAAGUCGCACGUAACGACCCAGCUACAUUCGCUGUUAUAUACGAAAACCGCAACAGAAACGCUUACGCCUGCUCUUUCUUCCCUAACGAAUUAUCGCGCGAAUUAAUUAUAUACCCACCGAGUCUCCAAAAGACUAAUCAUUUAAGCAAUAUCCUAGCUCAUGAAGUAGGCCAUAUUCUAGGCCUUCGACACGAGUUUGCUCAUAAGAGAGAGAAAGGACUUCCUUCUGCUCUGUUUGGAAGCGAGAAUGCCGAUUCUAUUAUGAACUAUUUUGACCACCCAGAACAGCUCCAAGUAAGGGAACAAGAUCUCGAGGAGUUAGAAUGCUUCUACGCGUAUGACGAAGUACAAUAUGGGAAACUAUUGAUCCUUGACGUCAAUCCAGAGGUAUGGUUCCUCGGCAAGAUAAUGGCGAUGACUCAUGAUACCGAUUUGCUUCCUGAACUGCACUAA